AUGUCUUUAUCGGAGCCAUUCACUUUAACCAAGCUACCAAGAGUCUCUGGUGUCAAGGAAAGAUGUACUAUCACCAAGAACAGUGAUGCUGAUACUUUGAAUGUGGGUAUCUCUGGUGCUUCAAUAUCAAAAUAUAUCCUAAAACCUAGUCCGAAAUUGGCAUGGUCUCAUUCAUUACCACCAAGCUCAGUUGUUACAGCUUUAGAUGAAAACAAUGAAGUUUAUUACGCUGGUGUUUUCAACAAGACCAAAAAAUCACAUAGUGUUCUAGUUGUUGAAAAAUUAGAAAAUGAUUCAAAAGUAUUACAAGAAAUUGAAUUAGAAUCAAAGAUAAUAGAUUUGAAAUAUUCAGUCGACCGUCUCUACGUUGUUACAGAAAACUCUAUCAUUUCUUUCCAAGAUAAUAAAGAUAAACUCACUAAAUAUUGGGAAAAUAAAGGUCUUUAUACUGCAAUUUACUCAAAUUUUAUAAAUGAUGAAGUUAUACUUACAGUUGAGUUCAACGCCAAAAAGAACAACAUAAAUUAUAGACUUAUUUCUAUUGAAGGUAACGAGGUUAACUCAAAGAUAUUAGAAUCCAAAACAAAAUUUUCCAAUUUGAGAUUUACAUAUAGUAACGGUACUUUAUACCAGCAACAUGAAAACAUUAUCACAUUAUUGAGAUUACCACAUUUUAUAGAAACCAAAUCAGUUGACUUGGAUGAAUUAUCAAUUCCAUUUAAAGGUAAAAAUAUUACUUUAGCAUCUCCAGCAAUUGAUAGACUUAUUAUCACUUCUGACCAAGAUGUUUAUUUCAUCAACACCAACUUUAAUAUUGUUUUAAAUCAUAUUACAUCUCCAAAAUCAAAAGUUGAAAUACUUUUCACUACACAAGCACAGCCAAAAUCCUAUCACAACUCAUUAUUUGGUGUUUUAUUGAAAGAUAAUGAUUUAUCUGGUAUUUCAAUAACAUUAGAUAGUAAUACAUUAAGAGACUCUUUAGGUAAGAGAUCUUCAACCAAAAGUGAAAAAUCAGCACAAGCCUCAUAUAAAGUUGUUCCAUCUAUUCUUGAUAUAAAGGACGAAGAAAUUGAUAUCUCUUCAAUCACAAAAUCCAAAAACUUUGAUGAUGCUUUAUUAACUUUCUUAGGAGCUGAAAAUGAUUACUAUACUGAAAAGGACAAGGUUGUAUCAUCAAGUUUCAUCAAUGCCAUUGUUUCACAUAUAUUUGAAUUCCGCUCAGAUAAAUUACCAGAAAGAGCACUUACAUACCUUUUAACUCAUCCACUAUUACCAACAAUUGAUGGCUUAUUAGAUUUAUUAAGAUCAAAACCAAGACUCUUAAGACAAGCUAUUGUUACUGCUAAUGUUUCAAUCAAAGAGUUAAAUAAAGAACUAAACAUCACUGAAAAUGAUGAAAUUUUCAAAGAUAUCAUUACAAGAUUAUUAGAAUUUCCAAAAGAUAAAUUAAACUUUAAAGACCUUGAAAGUAAUCAUAUUGUUGAACGUAUAUUAAGCUUAGAUUUUGGUUAUGGAUUAAUUUCAUUAUUAAUUGAUUCAAGUGGUAUCUUCACAUGGAGUGAUGAGUUGAUUGUGAAAUUACAAGAUGUUUUAAGCAGAAAAAUUGAUGCUUUGGAUAGUGCAUCUAAUUUAGUUGCUGUUGUUGAUCAAAUCGAGUUGAAACACUUCAAGACAGUCAAGAAAGUUCCUGCUUAUUCUAUUGAACAAUUGUCUAUUUAG